UACACACAAAAUUACAUUGUUGACUCCGUUCUCGAGUCGAAAAACGGAACUCUGUGGCAUAUUUCGUCAACAACACUUCAUUCCUUAGGUAAGGAGCCGAGGGAAACUGUUUCAUGGUUUGAAAGAGAGGCACUUCAUUCUAUUACAGAAAGGAAGUUCAUGUGUGAGCAGCGAACAAUUAAGUCGACCAAAAAAGGAUUUUGAACACAUAGCAAGAUGAAGUCGGGUGUGGCUGUUGUUCUUGGAGUGAUAUUUGCCUUGGUGGUCGGUAUCAUUGUUCUUAUUGUUGUGUCACUCAAGACGCUACAAUCAGAUGAAAUGGCGGUGAUGUACAACUCCAUCUCUCGAGAGCUAUACCCUGACGUCAAGCAAGAAGGUCUCCACAACGGACCUCCUGGGUUUAGUUUCAUCGUCUUUCCCUCAGUGUUCCGAACGAUCCAAUACCCCAAUCUACGCUGUCUCAACAAGGAUGGGGUGAUCAUCGAGCUGGAUAUUGCCUUCCAGUACAUGAUCGUCUCUCGGGAUCUUCGAGAGAUCGUUGUACAGUUCAGGGAUCAUGAGAACUUUGAGAAGGUUCUUAGGAGCUCAGGUGAGUCUGCUAUCCAUGAAGCUUGUAGUAAAUACAACACAACCGAGUUCCAAGCUAUGAGACAAGAGUUUCAAGGGUCCGUCAGAGAGGCUCUCAGUGCCCGCUACCAAUCCCUAAGCACAAGAAUAGAUGACUUACAGGUGAAUAACAUUGCUCGCCCUUCAGCUUAUGAACAGGCGGUCAGAAACAAAGAAGCUGCGAGAGAAAACAUACAGGUAGCAGAAAGUGAACGACCCCGGUUAGUCACACAAGCCGAGACGUUACUGAAAGAAGCCGAGACAUCAUCGAUCAUCACCAUCAAUAAAGCCAACUCCGAGGCUAGAAUCUCUCUCAAUAGAGCGGAUGCCGAGGCUGAAGCAAUCUUCAAUCAGUAUGAGACAGAAGCUCAGACCUACGUGCAGAUCAUAGACGAACAAGGACUUACAACUGAGGGUUUCUUGGCUUACAUGGGUGUUCGUACCAUUGGCCUCGCUAAAAACCCUGUCUACGCUGGUGUGGAUGCGCCUGCUAAGACCUCAUACACUACCCCUUAGGUUGCCUUU